CUUUAAUUUGGCUUGAAUAAUUAGUGUGCUAUCUGGCUUGGGGAAAGUAGAAAAUCUUAGAGGGGACGUUUCGAAACAAGCGGAUAAUUGCUUGUGGGAACCCGAAAGAAACAAGUGGAGUGGCCCUUUACAUAGGGUAUGGGGAGAACUUGCGUGGUGGCUGUUGGUGAGACACCCACAUGCAAUGCAUGCCUAAUGGGAAAGCAGGGAAAGAAACCAUUUUCCCUCUCGACAUACCAUAGGGGCAAAUCCAUCCAAGCCGGCUAAAGGAAACUGAAGCUAGGAUUUGAUAGACACGGACUCGUAGUGGCUGUUGGUUCGGCACCCACACGCAAAGUAUCUCUGAUCCUAAGGGUUAUAACCAGCCAAUAUUGAGCUUGCUCAAUGUUUCGCUUUAAUAAUAUUAUGGUGGAAAAUAGUGGAUUUACGCAACGCGAGUAUGCCCAAAAGGGCGAGGCAUCGGCUUCCGGUCAGCGGAGGUGGACUUAUAACGGGUCGCCUAGAACGAAACUUAAUUGAGUGAUUAAGUGGGAGAAGCUUUGGACUCAGUAACUGCCGAUUGAGGGGUAGAGGGCAAUUCAUGAUAUGUCCAAAUAAAAAUAUUAUAAAGUUUCUAACACUACGUUAACACAUGGCCUAGAUUCAUAUCUAAAGAAUUUUGAAAAAAACAUAUUUUUUAAACGUUAAUGACUUCCCGUCCAGUAGAAUCAUGACAAACAAAAACCAAUUAAAUUAUCACCUGACUUCUGUUAGUGAAUUAUUGUUCCUUAUCACCGAAAUUAAACAGUAUAUAAUUCGAUCAGGUAAAAUAUAUUGCCAGUAUAAUAACAAAGCUGUUGAAAUACUUCUUCAAUACAUUUUUAGUUAAUACUUUAUCGAAAAAGCUAAAAUGAAUUUUUUUAUUACUAUAUUAUUGUGUGUUUUUAUAUCGAUAAUAACUGAAGCUGCUGUUAUUUCAUCAACUGAUGUCGCAGGUCUAAAAAAUAAAAUUAUUGCAGUCGAAAAUGAUCUUUCAUGUUACAACGAUACAUUUAAAUCAAAUUAUGAAAUUCAAUUAAAUGAAAUUAAAAUUAAAUAUAUUGAUAAUAUUCACCAGAUCAUCGAUUCCGUUAGAAAAGAGACGCAAAGAAUAAUAUUUUCCGAUAACGAUGGAUAUGAUGCUGAAGAGUGUUAUGAAAGAGUGAAUGAACGUCUUGACGAUGACAGUCAAAACGCAAUAAAUUCAUUAAAUGAAUGCACUGACAAAAAAUUCAUAGAGUUAACUCUAAUACAAUAUAGUAUCGAAGGGCACAUUAUUAUUUCCCAUGAGAUCUUAACUCGAUUUGAUUCGAUAGUUGAAUGUAAGACAGACAUUUCGGUGGAAAUGGAACCAUGUGACGAGCAAAAACUUUCAGCAAUAAAUUAUGAAGUUAAAAACUAUCAGAGUACUGCGGAACAAUUGAAGAGAAUUGGCGAUGCAAUGACCAGGGAUGCGUUAACUAACACAACAGCUUGUUUUGACGAAACAAUUAUAAAUUUAUCCGCUGAUGUACAACUUUCAAAACAUUUAGCAAUCAUUUGUAGCAGUCAUAUAUAAUUUUUUCAUUUUCGUUCAAAAUGUGACGACAAAUUUUCAAUUUUCGUUUUUAUUCAAUUGGCCGUAAAAAUAAUUAUUAUUUUUAUGUUUUUAAUUAUAAAAAUUCUGUUUUCUUUUUUUUUAAUUUUGAAAAAUACA